AUGUCCUCAGAAUAUCAUUCUAGGCAUUCGCAGCAAGUAAUGGUUGGUCUUGUAACAUUUUUUCUUUGAUUUUUUUUUGAAAAAACUACAAUUUUUUAUAAUAAAACGAAAUUUCACGAAAUUUUUCUAAAAAGUUGCCAAAUAUCUAAAAGACUGAUCUUCAUACCCAUAUUCGUGAUUUUACAGUUUUAAAAUUGUAUUCUAUAAAUGACUAUUUGUUUAUAUUAUCAAAUUCUAGGCCAGUAUGAAUGACCCAAGUCAACAGAACGUCGGAUCAUACUACAACAAUGAGAACAAUGAAAAUUCCAGCACGGAAACUCCGACGAAUCGAAAACGAAAAACGAACAACGACGACAUUGAGGAUGUAAAACCUAAAAUUACAGCUUACAAUGUAAGUUUGUUUGAUGUAAAUAUUAAGAUCAAAAGUUAUUGAAAAAAGUUGAACUCACUAUCAGAUGUUUUUAAAAAAAUGUUUUAAACUUAAUUCAGCAUAUCAGUAUAACGAACAACUUAUUAAUACUACUUUGCCAAAAUUACAUAGUAAACAAAAUUCUUUGCUUAACAAACCUAUUAUAACAAAAAGAUUUCAACUUCCGAGAGAUUUGUUAUACAGAAAUUCACUUGUAUGUAUAUAGUAGACCGUGUCCAAUAAUUUAAAUAAACCUUUGAUUCUAGCCUUUGAAUGACUUUGGAAACACAUCACAAUACUCGACUAACAGUUACAAUAAUCAGAAUUGGAGCAUGAACUCGUCAGAUUUUGGUAACACACCGUAUGCCGGCUAUGGUGCAGGCUUUCCUUUCGUAAGUUUUCGCUAACUUUUAACAAAAUUACAAAAAAUGUCUUCAGAUUCUUGAAAAAAAAGCUUUGAAAAAUUGUACGUAGUAACCUAAUGACAUUUUUUAUAUUUUAAAUAAGGUAACAGAAUUAAGGUAACAUAUAUUAUGUAUUAUAAAAUAAUGUUUUAGGUCUCACAAAGUACUCCAAAAGGCGAUGAUAAGAAUUACCAACAACAAAUGGUGCCACAGUUCAUGAACUAUGACUACAGCAUGGUCAACACAGCUAAUAAUAGUAUUUCCAGUAGUUACAAUAGCAUGAUGUCGGCUUAUAAUGGCAUGUCGAGUUCAAGUAACAUGAUGUUUGGUACACCUAACAACAGUAUAUCUGCUUCAAACAACGUCAUGUCUGGUACAUCUAAUAACAAUUCGUCUGUUUCGUAUAACAUGAUGCCACAUAACUCAAAAGGGGAUUCUGGAUACAGCACUUCGAAGAACUCAAACUGCUCAAAUUCAAUUCAAAAUUCCUUGUCUAGUCAACAAAAUCUUCAGCAAUCUACGUCGAAUUCAGAAGACGACGCUGACAAACCUCAAGGGAUUGAAAUCAAACCUGGAGAUGAAUUGAUCAAGUUUGACGAAGCUGGUGGAAGAUUGGCAUUGUUAAAUUCGAAUGUGAAACAUACAGUAACGGUUGCUGAAAUGAAAAGAAGAUUCCAAAAGCCAGAGGAAAUGAACUUGUCAUUCGCUGGAGGCUAUUUGAGAAAGUAAGUUGUAAACUUGCAAUUGUAAAAUAAAAGAGAAAAAUGGGGUCAAUUUUUUAAAUUUUUGGUUUUUCAAAGCUUGAAAUAGGUCUAGGUAAUAUCGAUUCCUUUCUAAUAUACUUAUAUCUUCAUUCAGAGCUAAAAACAAGGACGGAGGCAAGAUAUUCAAAAACCAGCUGGCUCAGUUUGGAAUGUAUAUCCCAGCCGGGAGAAGACGAGGAGCUGAUCCGACUGCCUUCACAUCUCUAACCGAAUCAGAAGCCAGCAUUUUGGUCGAAGACUUUCAUCAUCUAAACCAAAGUCACUUCCCUCAGCAGCCCUUCCAUGAACAAGUUUUGAUAGAGUUUAUGAGGCCAGAGAACUAUCAACAGUUAAUGUUAGCUUUGGCACAGUAUCCCAAUCCUCAAUUUGUGGCACAUCUGAUUAAAUUAUGCUACAAGAUAUCGGCUGAUGUUUUAAUGAGGGAUCGAUCGGUAUACGAACAUAGAGGAAUGAUGUGGCCUAUUGAAUGCCAAAGACCUUUGGGACGACAACUUCAGAAUGGACUGGAUGUUUAUAAUAGGGUAAGUUGUGUUGUGUUAGUACUGAAUAUGUGAUCUAAAACUUAUUGUUUUAUUCAACUUAUCUUUACUAUUUAACAAAGAUAUUAUGUAAAACUUAAAUAGCUUAUGUUAUGCUACUGUUUUAUAAAGUUCAGUGAUAAUCCAUUUUUAUUUUAGAUAACUCAUGAUUUUGGUUCCCGAGCGUGCGCUUCAAUGUUCUUAACGUUAGCUGGAGAUGAAAGUCGUAGCAGCCAGUUUCGAAUUCCAAUGAGUUACGAGAAGUAACCUUGCAUUUAAGGACCAAUGUUUCUUGAUAAUUUUAGGGUUUUAAUGUCAAUGUUUACGUAUAAUUUUAAAAAAUGUACAUAAUGUUUUAAAAGUAUCUUACGUAUUCAGUAGUUUUUCUAUCAUAAUUUGAUGAAUCGGGUUAACAGGUAAGCUUUACAGUUUAGUUAUUGUUUAUUAUCAUCAUAUUGUUGUACUUCUUUCAAUUUUUAUUAUAAUUCUCCUCGAAUCCUAACCUCUAUUUCAGAAUUAAACUUCUUAUUCUUUCACUCUUUGUUUACUUCUCAAACUCAUCUUAUAAUUCUACAAAUAUAUUGUUUUUUACUACGUUAAUUAACUAUGUUUUUUUUGGCAAUAAAGUAUUCUGUAAAACAACUGGUAUUAUUACGUUCGUAAACAAAUAAAAUGUCUCUUGCAGCCAGCAAAUUCUGCGGACGCACGCUGCAAAUAAAAAUAAAUGUUUUUUUUAUAUUUUUGACUAAUUUUCUAAAAACUCUGUGAGUUAAAUGUAGUAUGCUCCAAAGAUGCACUUGUUCUUCCUUUGGUAACAAUAUAUUCAGAAGAUUGUCUACAAAACCAGUUGAUCAUUAUCAAGUUCUUGGAGUGAAGCCGAAAGCGACUGCAGCUGAAAUAAAGUCGGCCUUCUAUGAAUUGUCCAAGAAAUACCAUCCUGACACCAAGCCAGACGAUCAUGAGAAAGCUGCUGAACUUUUUCAACAGGUAGAUAUUUGUUUUGAGGUUUUUUACUAUAGGUUUUGAGGUUCAAUUUAUAAAGUCUAGACACGAGAAACGAGCCGGGCGCGGGGCGGGCCUGAAUGACGGCCCGAUCGAAAUUUUGCUCAGGGCCGGCCCGGCUCGAUGGUACCCCCCGCCCGGGCCUAAAUUUUUUUACGUAGAAACGGGCCGGGCUCGGCUCAUUUUUCAGGCCCGGCCCGAUCGGAAUUUUGCUCAAGGCCGGUCCAGCCCGUUUUUCAUGUCUAUUAAAGUCUUUAAUUUGGGUAUAAAUAACGAUAUAUGCUUUAAAAUAAAGUAUUUUUUAAAUACAGAUCUUUUAGAAGUGAAGAAUGUUAUAUUCAUAUAUCAUUUUAGGUAGCAGCCUCCUACGAGAUAUUAGGAAACGCAGCAAAUCGAGCAGAGUACGAUAAAUCGUUGAAGCAGCCACAUAGAACAAGGGCCAACCCGUAUGAUCAUAGUCAAACAAAAAGACAACAAAAAUACAAGGAAAGAUCUGAAGAACAAGUAGAAUUUGAACGAAGGUUUCGAGAGUAUGAAUUUAGGUAUGUUUUUUUUAUUAGUUGGUUUUUAAGUUUAGGUAUAUCUUUGGAAGGGCAUUUACCUGAAAUACACAUCAGAGGUUAUUGCAUUGGUUAUCUUCAAUUGUAGACAAAAGUUAAAUAGGGCAUAGUUGGAAGAUGAUUUAUUAUAUUUCAGGAAAUCUCGUCCAGAGUUUACGGAUCCAGAUGAAUUUUUUAAAAGAUUUGGCAACAGAAAAUUCAAAUCCCGACUAGAUUCGGAAGAUGUAACUCCAGAUUACAAGGCCUACAACGACGAACAAGCACGGGUUCGAGAAGCAGAAGAACGUCGAAUAGCGGCCGAAAUACAACGAGACCGAGAGAAACGAGGACUGUAUUGCCCUACCUUCCAACAGUUAUUGAUGGCUGAACGAGAAAGGAAGAGGUCGGAAAACAAGGACAUGUGGAAGAUCUGCGGCGUCUUCACGGUGGCUUUCUUGCUUAUAGUGGCAUCGAGGAUAUAG